UUUGCCAACUUCUUAUAUGGCUCUAUCUCUUCUUUUUAUGGCUUCUCCCACCCUUUCAGGCGUUUUACAACGCCUUUUCAUCGGUCUUGGUCACUUUCUCUAAGCUAGUUAGUAGUUUUCUCCGAGUCAUUAUGGUUAGAAAGGAGGUUACAUGUAGUGUUGAGUCUAGGCAAGAGAUCAAGAAUACCCUUGAUAACUUGGAACUUUCUAAAAGUACUCAUAACCCGGUUCCUGCCUUUAGCUUUUCGUUUAAAUAUCAAGUGGAUAGUCAGUUAAAAGUUCGGUUAUCUCUGCAAAAAGACAAGAUUCUUGAAGAAGAAGAUGUUGAUGAUUUAUUCUAUGAAUUUGAUCAAGUAGAUGUUGGUGAUGAGCUUCUUGAUGCUAAAGAGGGCGAGGAGGAAGAAGACAUUGACAUUGUUGAUGCUGUAAACAUGGAGAAGAAUCUUGGGUUCGGAAUUCAGACUAUGCCAAUACAUCAAGAAGAUGAAAAUUCAUUAGCCGAUGAUAACGAAGAAGAACAAGAGGGGAUUGUAAACUCAGACAUGGAGAAUGAUCUAUCUUCUCUAGUAUCUAGCGAUAGAGAGCAUCCCUCGCCUUUAUCUAUUGCAAGCUUGGAUUCAGCGCUUCAAGAUUCGGUUUUGAUAGAGAGUCAAACACAAAGAGUCGAAGAUGAUGAAACCGAUCAAGUAUACAAGAAAUACUGCGAAAGAAUGAGAUGGUAUGACAUCCUCAGCCGCGAUAGAAGCUAUGGACUAAGUGUGAUCACAAACCAACUAACGGCAAGUAGUUUGAGCUUAUGGGGAAAACCGGCAGAGAAGAGGAUAAAACAAAGCAUGAAGAAGGACCUUGAGCUAGUCUAUGUUGCUCAAUCGUGCUUGUCAUGGGAAGCUCUUCAGCAUCAGUACAUUACAGUGAGAGAUAGUUCGAACCUCGCUGAUUCGAGAGGCAGGUUCUAUGACUCUAGAGAGUUUCAGAACUUUCAGGUCUUGUUAGAGAGGUUCUUGGAAGAUGAGAGGUGUGAAGGAAAAAGAGUCCUGAGCUUUGUUCAAAGAAGAUUUGAGUUGAUAAGCUUCUUCCAAGUCCCAAGACUUUCAGGUUAUGUGUCGACAGAAUCUCUCGACGUAAAUUGGUAGAUAAGUCACACAACUCACAGGUCACAGGAACAACCUUAUCUACAAUGUAUUUUAAUCAAUUGUACUCUUGAAAAUUGUUAACUCUAUAUGUUGACCAAGAACCAAAUGUGCUUACGACGAAACUCAAAUAAAAUUUCAAAUUUAGA